AUGGACGACGUUGACCUCCGAGAGCAGUUGCUUGAUCGGCGACUUCAACUGACAGAAGGCCUCAAUGGUUUGCCCUAUGACUUAAUACUCUACCUGCAACGCGCCGUCGUUCACUCUGACUUGGGUUACCCGGACCUUGCUGCUGGUGAUGCCUACAAAGCCUUGUUGUUAACCGAUGAGGUCUGCAAUGAAGGUUUUGAGUACCACGAAAAGGCCAUGGAGAGCCUGUUGAUGCACACAGGUGUUCCAAUUCCAGAGGUUAUGGCCUUCGGGGACCUUCCCGAAGAGUGGUCCCCUGCUGUCAUCGAAAGCCUAGGUGGUGGCGAAGAGGCUGCCCGUCGACUUGCUGGCCUCGCUUCGAUUCGAGCCUACCAGAUCCUGGCACUGAGCCUGCUCCUCUGCGGCUGCUUGAAGAGUGCCUCCAACUUCUGUCAGCGCGGCUUGAAGCUUGCCCCUGAGAACAAGGAACUUCUCAAUGCGCAAACCCACAUCACGACUGUAGCUCGACGUCGACUACGCCGCGACGAUUUUGAUACAAACGACUUGCCUGAUUAUGGCCUGGUUCGCCGGGAGGUCUAUCCGUGGAAUGACCAUGAGCCAGAUCGUUUCGCAGAAGACUCGUUGAAGGCGCUCAAUGCAGAUCUGAAGACCAUGGCGCCCAAAUGUGCAGUGCAGGUCGCCACUUUACCAGUUUUGUUGGAAGGGGCAAGUAACACGGACCAUUACGACAUUAUUCCUACUUGCAAACAGCUCGGCGUCUUCGCUGUUGAAGAUAUAGAGCCUGGGGAGGAUGUGCUGCGUGAAUACUCCCUGUUGACUGCCAACAACCGGUUAAAGGAUCCCGUAUGCGACGCUUGUAGUUCCGACCUUCCACCUCUUGGCAGUAAUAACGAGGCUGUAAACUGCGACGAGUGCUAUGACACUGUCUUCUGCAGUCAAUUCUGCCACGAUGUGGCCCAGGAACGCUACCACCCUGCGGUAUGCGAAAAGGAUGUCGAUGCCAUUGCCAAAGAUCCAGAAGCUUCCGAGGCAGAUGAGACCUUGUAUCUUCUUUUACUGUCUCGAGUGUUGGCGCUGGCUUCACACCAGGAAGUCCAUCCUCUCGAUGUGCGGGAAGUUCGAUUCAUCUGGGGCGAUUUCGUGCCAACGGCCACCAAUGACAUCGACAUAUCGCCCAAUGCUGGGCCGCCUCCAGAGUGGACAUUGCCAUUCUCUUUCAAAUAUAAUAUUGAGACGCCACUUCAUAUCCUUGAGAAGAUGGAUAUCGAUGUAUACACAUCUCUCCCGCAGUACGACUUGUGGAUAUUAAACACUCUGUACGCAAAAUUUCGCGGGACAGCAUCGGCGCGCAAGAACCCUCGAGAUGGUAGACCCGAUGUGGCGGCUGUUCACCCUUACUGGUGUCUUGCCAAUCACGACUGUGAUCCCAAUGUAACAUGGGAUUGGGGUGGCCGCAUGGUCUUGUGGGCUCGCAAAGAACGUGUCGUCGGAGGCCGACCAGGCGGCAUCAAGAAAGGCGAGGAAAUUUUGAACCAUUACUGCGAUGUUUCGCUGCCGGUACAACAACGACGAGAAUGGGCUCGAGGCAGUCUAGGCGGCUGGUGCAUGUGCAAACGUUGUCGAGACGAAGCUAGUCAAAAUGGUGUUGAACCACAAGCUUAG